AUGGCAAUGGAGAAUCAAAGCGUGAGGUUUAACAUCGAAAUAUUAAGCAAUCAACAUCAUCUUCGUGGGGAAAGUGAAAGACACAACCAUUCGUCAUAUCUCCAAACACAAUUAAACUUUCUGUUUGCUGCAUUUAAAGGUGUACAAUGUCAGCAACACGUGUUUAUGAUUGGAUUAGAUUCAUUUGAACAGUCGCAAAUAGUUACGUUGUGGAAGACUGAACCAUCUAGGAAGGAAGCUACAUAUUUACACACAUGGCAAGCUUUAAGACAAAUGAUCCGUAUGUGGGUUUUAUGA